UGUUGUAUCGCAGAGAGGCUUUGCUCUGUUUCUGUUUUUUUUUUUGUUUUUUCACAAUGGUGACAGCGGUCACUGGCUUGCUGCGAUUCGAAGGACCUUCGGCGUUCUUGUGAUUCGGUUGUAGUUAAGAAAACUGUGAUUUUUGGUGGGUUUUGUUAGUGAAUGUGUCAAUAUACUGAUUUGUAACUUGAUUAAGGAUGCUUAAAAUAAACAUAUAUCGUCGUCGAUAACCCAAAAACCAGUCCAGACAAAAUAUAUUCCAUCGUUUGUGCAUUUUAGUGACUAAAAUAACUUAUUCAGACAUUGUACGAAGCAAAGCCUUUAAAGAACUGAUCGCGUCGAGACUUGGAACGUUUUUUCUUUAUCGCGAGUGUAUCCAGAACUCUAAAAACAUGACUAAAAUAGCUUAGAUUGGCUUUUAACCUUUUCAAAAAUUGAAAAAAACUUUUUACCGCGAGUGUAGUGCGUAGUAUCUUAACUUUGACCCCAUGAUUAUGGAGAUGACCAACGAGUCCGCCGUUGGCAGGUGGUACGAGAGCCCUAGGACGGGCGCGUCGGCCAGUCCGGCCCAGGGGGGCAUCGACGGUAGUUCUGAUCUGAACUCAAGCGUGGCGGAGCACAUGGGGGCAUUCUUUCUGGACCCCUCUGGAUCGCAGAGGGCCCGGUACUACCAUCAGAGCAUGCACGGUCCGUACGGCAGUGUCGCCAGUCACGCAUCGAGGAUGUCUUCGAGCCAAGUCUGUAGGCCCCACUUCCAUCCCCCGUUGCACCCGUGGCUCUCCGAGGCUUCGGCGAAGCCCUUGGCUCAUUCGGGACCUUGGGUGCCAUUUGGAGGUGGCGCGGGUGACCCGGAUAAAAGCCAGAGUCCCAACACGGCUCCCGGACAACCUCAUAACAUUUUUUCCUUCCCACCCACACCACCGAAGGACUCUACGCCGGACUCAGUGGCCCCCGGCGGCGCCGGCUCCGAGUACCAGAGCGCGGUGGCGGCCGCGAUGGGCGCCUUCAUGCACGACAACCCCCAGAGCUGCGCCCUCGACGUCAAGCCCAACGGCGCCCUCAUCGGCGGCGGCGGUACCAACAACAGUGGCAGCGCCAAACAACGCGAAGGUAGUGAAUACGACGGGACGAGCGGUGGUGGCAUGUUUAAUGGUAACUUUGAAAGCUCGUACGGCUCGGGGGGUGGCGGCAACAGCGCCGCCCCCACACCGUAUGGCCACGGUAUUCACGCAGCGGCCGCGGGCGGCUACUCGCCACAGGGUAAAAUGGGUGGCCAGGGUCACCAGUCGCCCAACAAGCCCAGGAACAAGUCGAGGACGAGUGCGGAAGGACGGGAAUGUGUGAAUUGCGGGGCAACCAGUACGCCACUGUGGAGAAGGGACGGCACUGGACAUUACCUUUGUAACGCCUGUGGAUUGUACUACAAAAUGAAUGGACAAAAUCGACCACUCAUCAAACCUAAAAGAAGACUGUUAAUUACAGAAUACUGA